AUGGGAAAGACCAAUCAGUCUUCUGUUACAGAAUUUGUCCUACUGGGGCUUUCUGGCUACCCAGAGCUUGAAGCCAUUUAUUUUGUGCUGGUGUUAUUUAUGUACCUGGUUAUCCUGCUGGGAAAUGGUGUCAUCAUCAUUGUAAAUGUCUGUGACUCUCACCUGCAUACCCCCAUGUACUUUUUCCUCAGUAACUUAUCAUUCUUGGAUAUUUGCUACACCAGUUCUUCUAUCCCCAUAUUUCUCAGCAGCUUCUUUACUUCAAGGAAGACCAUUUCCUUCUCUGGAUGUGGAGUACAAAUGUUUCUCUCCUUUGCUAUGGGAGCCGCGGAGUGUGUCCUAAGCAUGAUGGCAUUUGACCGCUAUGUGGCCAUCUGCAACCCUCUGAGAUACCCCAUCAUUAUGAGCAAGAAUUCGUAUGUGCCUAUGGCUGCAGGGUCCUGGAUUGCAGGGGGUGUCAAUUCUAUGUUGCAAACCUCUCUUGCAAUGCGGCUUCCUUUCUGUGGGGAUAAUGUCAUUAAUCAUUUUACUUGUGAAAUCUUGGCUGUCUUAAAAUUGGCCUGUGCUGAUAUUUCCAUAAAUGUUAUUAGCAUGGUUGUUGCUAAUAUGAUUUUUCUUGUGGUCCCAGUACUUUUUAUUUUCAUUUCCUAUAUUUUUAUUCUCUCCACCAUCCUGAGGAUUCCUUCUUCAGAGGGAAGGCGCAAAGCCUUCUCUACCUGCUCUGCCCACUUAACAGUGGUGAUUAUAUUCUAUGGAACCAUUCUCUUCAUGUAUGCAAAGCCCAAGGCUAAAGAUUCCUCUGGUGCAGACAAAGUCCAAGUCACAGACAAAAUCAUCUCUCUCUUCUAUGGAGUCGUGACUCCUAUGCUUAAUCCCCUCAUCUACAGUUUGAGGAACAAAGGUGUGAAGGCAGCUGUGAAGAGUAUACUCUGUCAGAAAUGCUUCUCAAGGGGAAAGGAAAUGUUGCUUUAA